AUGAAGACCUUCGUCUUCCUUGCCCUCCUGGGAGCUGCUGUUGCUUUCCCCACUGAUGGUGAUGAUGACAAGAUCAUUGGGGGCUACACCUGUGAGAAGAAUUCCCUGCCCUACCAGGUGUCCCUGAACGUUGGCUACCACACCUGCGGUGGCUCCCUCAUCAAUGCCCAAUGGGUGGUGUCUGCAGCUCACUGCUACAAUCCACGAAUGCAGGUGCGUCUGGGAGAACAUGACAUUGAUGUCAUUGAGGGAGAUGAGCAAUUCAUUGAUGCAGCUAAGUUCAUCUUACACCCCAACUACGAUGAAGACACCUUAAAUAACGACAUCAUGCUGAUUAAACUGAACUCCCCCGCCACCAUCAGCUCUCGAGUGUCCACUGUCUCUCUGCCCAAAUCCUCUCCAUCUGCUGGGACUCAGUGCCUCGUUUCCGGCUGGGGCAACACUGUGAGCUUUGGAAGCAAAUUUCCUUCACUUCUGCAGUGUCUGGAUGCUCCUGUGCUCUCUGACACUGUUUGCAAUGAUGCCUACCCAGGAAAGAUCACUAGCAACAUGUUCUGCCUGGGCUUUCUGGAGGGUGGAAAGGACUCUUGCCAGGGUGACUCUGGUGGCCCCGUGGUCUGCAAUGGAGAGCUCCAGGGUAUCGUGUCCUGGGGCUAUGGCUGUGCUCUGAAGGGCAAACCUGGUGUCUACACCAAGGUCUACAACUACGUGGACUGGAUUCAGGAAACCAUUGCUGCCAACUAA